AUGAGUCAGCUAGAAGCGAAUAAAUUGUCGGAGAUAUCUCCAGUGUCCCCAACUGAGGGGCUAUCUCUGAAUGAAUCUUUUUCUUCUGCUACCUCCAAAGUUGUGUCCAGGAGAGAAGCAGACAAAAACAUUCCUGAGGGGAUGUCUAAGUCUCAAUGGAAAAAAUUACAGAAGAGGAAACGGUUUGAUGAUAUGAAACAACAAUUUCAAGAGGUUAAGAGGGCCAAGAGACAACAGAGUAGAGCAAAUAGACGCAUUCGCAACGAGGAACUUCGAGCUAAGGGAAUAGAUCCGUCUACUGUAACUGGAGGCCCUCCAAAAGCUAGAGUUAUUGAUCCAGAAGAUCAAAUACCUACAGAUUCGUCAGUUAUAAUUGACUGUGCAUUUGACGAUUUAAUGCUGGAGAAAGAGAUAGUUUCUUUAUCAAACCAAAUUACCAGAAUCUAUUCUGAUGCUAGAAGAAGUAAAUACGCCGUUGGUCUGGUUGUCACAUCUUUCGGUGACAGGUUAGAGAGCCGGUUUGAUGACGCUCUUUCACAAUAUAAAUCAUGGAAAACGGGUAUCAACUUUUCCAAGGACAGUUUAAAAGAUUACCUGGAGAGUCAGCCAUAUGUUAAAGACGAUCUUAGCAAUGUUGUAUAUCUCUCUGCGGAUACUGAUGACAAAUUAGAGAAGUUAUCGAAGGAUGAGGUGUAUAUUAUUGGGGGAAUUGUUGACAAAGGCCGUCAUAAAAAUCUUUGUCAGAAUAAAGCUCAGGAAAUGCGUAUUCAGACAAAAAGAUUACCAAUUGAUGAGUACAUCAAAUUAAGUGGAAGAAAGGUUCUUGCCACAAGUCAUGUCUUUGAACUGUUGUUGAAAUGGUGGGAGUUCAAAGACUGGAAAAAAGCAUUUGAAGCGGUGAUUCCUCAGCGCAAAUUGAUAGAAGAAAAGUCCAGGGAAGAUUGA